AUGUUGUCGGGGUGUCCACUAUGACAACCAGUGUUAAUGUACAGUGUGAGCCACUCCCGUACCAGAUUCCGGAUGGAAUCCAAACGAUCGAUCUAGCUACAACAGAAAACCUCACGAUACCGGCUUUGUUCACCUCUAAUCCAUCACCAUCGUUUAUGUGGACUUUUCAACUACCUGAAUCGACAACUUCCACCAAGCUUGUGAAUGGGGAAACCAACGUAUUGAUACACAAUACGUUUGAGACAAAGAAUUUAACCGCUGUGUCAAUAAUGACACGUACCAACAUACAAAAGGACUGGUUUGGGCUGUACAACGUCACUGUGACCAACACUUAUGGAAGCGCCACGCUAAGUUUCAUAGUUCAUGAGAAAAGAUACCCAGGUUUCCCAAACAAUCUUUUGAUUGGCUGUACCAAGCCUCACUCUGCUGAAGUCUCAUGGGGUGGCGGAGGAGACUCUCAGUAUUACCAUGCUAUGUUCAGCACAGACAAAUUUCUUAACUCACAAGAGGUUUAUCCAGUGACGAUUACACAACACACAGACGGAAGUGACGUGUAUAUUCUAAAUAUAGACAAUCUGGAUGGAAGUCGUGUAUAUUUCUUUAAGGUUGUGGCGUUGUGUAUAUACAUGUACUGA